GUGUCUUGCGUUUGUACACGUGUUAAUGCCAAUGUAUGCGAAUCGAUUCCCGCGUUCGACACUGCUGGUACCGUGUGUUUGUUAGUAGUUGUUGAGAGCGCGUAUAUUUUGAGAAGGGUGUCGUAAUGAACCGUCAUCGUGCGUAGGGCCCCGAAAAGAAGCAAGCGCAAGUUGUGUGGAGCAGCUCCAGCGCGUAUAAGUUUCGUGACUAUUUUCUACACACACGCACACAUCGCACCCCGGACUACGGUACGCCCACCCCGGAAAGGAAUCGUCGGCCAGCGGAUACAGGACACCCUGGUGGACGGCGCGAUUGUCCCCGGGUAGUAGCAGUAUCCGCUCGCGCUCGCUCGAGCAGGGGCUAAUGAGUGAAAAUUGAUUGGCAGCCAGCAGCAGUGUGGGCCCUCCUUCCCCGAGUGUGUGUGUGUGUACGUGCGUGUGUGUGUGUGCGUCUGUAUGUCUGGCUGCUGGUAACGGGUUACCUUGAUCCCGGAGUGUGCGGCGCAGUGGCGGUGUUGUGAAGUGGAAUUAUUUUCUUUACGGAUUAUACUCUGUACGAUUGAAUACACAACCAACCACGAUGGAAGCUCCCCCGAGUGUGGAUGACUCUAUCGAGCGGGGGAAGUCGACGGAAUGCGACGGGAAGAAGGUGGAAGAAACACAAACAAAAGCAGCCUCCGCAGCGACCAGCCAAAUGCCAACCGAAUCCGGCGCGGGGGAAAAGAGUGACACACCGCAGCUGAGCGGGUCGGAGGAAUCGAAGGACAGCGCCAACGGCAAAGCGACCGCAGAUCACGCGACAUCCUCUUCCUCAUCAUCAUCAUCAUCAUCGUCAUCUUCCAAAGGUGUUCCGCCGACGAGCAGAACGUUCGACAAAGUACCGAUCUUUGUGGUGGAGGACCAUCACGAAGUGCUCACGUUCCUUUACCGCUGCCUCGGCUCGAAGCAUUUACCCCUGCAGGGCAACCGGAUCGUGCACUUUGACUCGCACCCGGACAUGUGCAUCCCGAAGCACAUGCCCGCCAACUACGUGUUCAACAAGGACGACCUGCUGGACAGCAUCAGCAUCGAGAACUGGCUGAUGCCGACCGUGUUCGCCGGGCACGUGGAGCGCAUCGUGUGGAUUAAGCCGCCGUGGUCGGAGCAGAUCCCGAAGGGCAAGUACGCGUUCCAUGUGGGCGAGUUCGAGGGGUCGAUCCGGACGGACUCGACGCUGGAGUACUUCGUGUCGGAGGGUUGCUACCAGCCGGAGGAUAAGCUGGAGAACCGCAAGCGCCUCCAGCUGGAGGUGUGCUCGGUCGAGGAGUACCCGGUGGCGGAGGACACGGACCUGGCGCAGGGCUACAUCCUCGAUAUCGAUCUGGACUACUUCAGCACACACAAUCCCUUCCUGAAGAUCUACGACCGGGUGCAGCUGUACGAGAAGCUGAAGGACAUCUUCGUCUCGCCCGAGCUGGCCGACGACGCGGAGAACGAUCUCGCCAAGCUGCAGCGCGUGGCGCGCGACCGGGAGGAGAAGCUGGAGUUUCUCGAGUCGAUCUUCCUGUACCUGGAGGAGGUGGGCAACCUGAAGCACUUCCUGGUGGACUACCAGCAGGAGAUCAGCGAGGAGUACGCGGGGCUGCUCGAGAAGGUGACGGUCCUGGUGCGGACGCUGAAGCGCGAGUACAAGGAGGAGGAGAUCGACUGGUCGAUGAUAUACGAUGCCGGGUGCACGUGCGACGUAACCGAUCUGCCGCACCACGAGUCGAGCCGGGAGGAGAUCGAAACGAUGGUCGGCCAGCUGGAGCGCUUCCUGGAGAAGGUGCCGUGCCCGCCGGUCGUCAUCACGGUGUCGCGAUCGAGCGAAGACGACUACACACCGGCCGGGCAGGUGGAGAUGAUACAGGAGAUGGUGCUGGCAGCGCUUACAAAGUGCCUGCGGGCGGAGCUCGACACCCCGAUACUGUACUAUAAGGAUCAGGAACUUAAUUUCAUUUACGUCCGCGACAACGGCACCUACCGUUGGAACGGCGGCCAGCCCGGAGAGUGCUUUCUGCUGGCGGCGGGGCUGCGGUUUAUCGGCCACCACCACCACCGGACAUUUGCCCCGCUCGUACAUCACCUUCUGCAGGUACUGUUCGCCGGUUUCCGGCGUCAAGUAACGAAAAUGUCCUGGCGGACAAUUGAAAUCAUUACCCUAGCCGCCAUACAAACGGUGAUUGUGAACGUGCUGCUUCUGGGUCCGCUCGCUUUCCGUCCGGCAUUGCACUGGCUUUUGCUAGCAGCAUCCUUCGCAGUCGGGCUAGUGUUGCUCAAACGGAGUAAAGGCGCCCGUUGCGUAACGAUGCUACUGGUUCCACAGUUUCUAAGCAAACGAGGUCGAGCAGCGUUGAUAGGAUACAUAUUUCUGCUUACCAUCACCGGACCGACGGCAAACACAAUGGUGAACGUGGAGGUGCUGGGGGAAACGUUGAGCUGCACCCAGGAACAGCUAAAAGCGGCCAUACGGGACACGAUCAGUGCGCUAAAGGUUCCCUUUUUGGCGAUGAAAAAGAUCAUCGACGAGCUGCUGAAUACGGUCGAGCGAUCGUUCAUGAAGGUACAGCGCAUCAUGAUGGAAAUGCUGAAGCUGGUGAAAAGGAUUUUGCACUCGAUCAAAAAAGCAUACGAUUGGCUGCGGGAUAUCGUUUCCGUGUGUAACGAUAAGCUGGGAACACCUUCCGAACGGUGCCUUCACGCGCUGGACCAGGCAAUCGAUGGAUGCAAGGAGGAGAUGGGAGCCAUGGACUUUCUGUGCGAAGUGACACAGGUUGCCAAGACGGUCUGCUACGGUGCGAAGAUGGUGGACUAUUUCUGUGAGCUGAUCGAUUUCAUAAGUGACGCUGUUGUGGAGGAAAUUGAACAAGGCAUAAAAAGGCUGAUGAAUAAUUUGGAAGAGCUGUUCCGAGUGAAGGUGGAAUAUGAUCAUACGUUUGAUUUUAAAACCAACGUGUCCAAAACGCUGGCGGAAGUCAGUGCCGAUAUAAGGCAGGAAAUAGCGAACCGAACCUUACCACUCAGAAGGACAUUCAACGUGCUGGGAAUGGUCACUAGUGGCUUUUUUAUAUGCAUUGUUUUAAGAGCAAUUCGUUACUGGAAGCGAUACUUGAAGAGGGAUCACUUUGAUAACCAUUUCCUUACAGAAGACUUCUAUCAAAUUGAAAAGCGAAGAAUGGAACUGAAGGUGGAAACAGUUUUCCCGCUGACACGAAAGGAAGCUUCUCGCUAUGUUCCGCUUACUUCGUUCCAUUUGACGUGGAAGGAACGGUUUCGGAUAGCGAAAUCAUUAACAUUUUUGCUAAUCUCUUCCGUACAAGUGUGUGGUCAGCUAGCUGCCGAUUACUCACUCUACUGGCUGCUGACGCUUAUAAAGCAUUUUUUGACCGAAGGAUCUACAAAUACUACGGCACGAUCCUCCAGCUCGGGUACGAUAACACCUCUGUCGGUAGGAGUAAGCGGAGAGGGUAUACUAGCCGACACGCUGCGCGAUAUUGUGCGUUCCUUUGAACCGAUCGUUAACGGAACGGCCAUCGAUCCUGCUGAAUGUAUCCCGGACGCGUCUACGCCUCGUUUUGCCCGUUACGGACAGAUUGUAGCAUUGCUGGCGCUCUGUUGGUGCUUUGCCUUUCUCGAACCGUACGGACUGCGCGUAAGACAGCUUGUAAUGCGACGCUACUAUCCCGCGAGGGCACGUGCGCGGGCAAUCUGGCUUUAUGGUGAUAUUUUGCUAAAGCGAGAGAGUUUGCUUACGAUGCUGCGGCUGCAAAUUGCUGGAACGAGCAGGGAACGGAAGCAACAAGAAGCGGUAAGCUGGAUCGAUGUGGUACGGGCGAAGACGAACCGAUACUGGAUCUGCCGGACGGUACUUGGACGGGGUGAAACCGUGCGAUGUAUUCUGUGUGGCGAUGCGUUGAAUGAGCGCGACGAUCCACACGUGCGAUGUUCGCGCCCCGACUGUCCCGGGCUGUACUGUCAGGAUUGUCUGCUGGAAACGGGAAAUAAUUGUUCACUGUGUAUGGACCUGCUCGUGUCGGAGCGGAGCGGUUUGGAUGAAAUAUAUUUGGAAUAGUUUACGU